UUUUUUUUUCGCGGCUAUGUUUGGCCAAUUGUUUGGCUUAACGUAAAAGCAUACGAAACGAAAGUCCAGCGAGUUUCUAGAGUCGCCACUCACGUGCACGUGAUCAACUUUUGCGCUCUUCGGUUUCUUCCUCGGUAAAUUCCCGCGGCCGUUCCGGGUCGCCUUCAACGCUUGUUGAAUGAAGCAAAUUAAGAGAGCCGUCGUACAGCUCGGGCAGCUGUGCUCCCUGCGGCCUUGACGUCUGUCGGGGAGUCACUCGCAGACUUUGGUGGCGUAUUUGCAUGCUAGCCGAGCCCGUGUCUCACGAAGAGGUGCGUCGGCGACUUUGGCCACGGAGCGGCGAUCUGCUGAAGAGGAGGCGGUGACCAUGGCUUGGCGAACGUGCGUGAUCGCGCUGCUUUGCACUGCGCUGUCGUGCGCGCUCGCCGACGAAAUGCCUGAAUAUGCAUUCAGCGAGCUCUGCCAGAACCAGUCGGCAUCCCUCACAGUCCGCAAGGCGGCUCUUGUGUGGCUCAACAGCUCGCAAGAAGAGUGCAGCGUGCGCGUCCGUUUCGCUUCUGGGCUCCUCAUCACGGUGGCCUCGCUGAACUUGACGGCAUCACCAAACUGCACCGACAGUUAUCUGAAGGUGACAGUUGCCGAUGAAGUGGCCCCAGGAGGAGGACCGUUCUGUGGCUACCAGGCAGACCGUCGUGAGGCCACACCAGGUCUGCAAGUGACGUUCAUGAAGCCGCCACAGAACGGCUCUGUUGUGCUGAAUGUCAAUGCCACGUCACCAACUAGCAACUUCACCCUGGUGCUCACGGCAUUUACAAAUGUGAGCAAAGAUGAUAGCUGCCCCAGUACGAGGCACGAGUGCUACAACAAGCGCUGCAUUGCUUCAGAUAUCUUCUGCGACGGCCACAACCAUUGUGGUGGGACGCAGGUGCCCCUGCCUGAGCAGUGCCCCAACCCUGUUACUGCAGAGGCCACCUGGUGGGCCAUUGGAACAAUCAUCUUCGGUGUCAUUGCACUCAUCCUGCUGCUUCCAUGCUUUGUGUGGACCGCACUGCGUGGGGGCCAGAACAAUGUGACUACACUGGUGCUUCCUGGUGCCAUGCGCAUUCCUAGUAAGAAUGGCUCUUCAACCCCAGCUUCUGCACCUGGGACUUCUCCGACCCAGGAAGCACCUUCUGUGAAUGAUCAGCCAUCGUCUGCAGAUCACCAGCUCUCGGUAGAGUGCACGCCUACAACGAGUGACAAAGCACGGCUUGUGACCUCUUGAAGGCUCGCAUGCCGCUUAGACAUUGGUGCAUUCUCUUCCUGUGGCCUUUGAUGGUUGAUGUGUUUGGUUAUGGUUCGGUCGUGUUCUGUGAUGCCUUCUGUGUUGCAGAAGCGGCCUACACUUGAGUGUUACGUUCAGCUUAGGUACAUGACGGCAGUUUUCUUUCCAUGCCACUCUGCAGUGCCGCAGUCUGCAUGCUUUUUCCCUUCAGUAGCGUGCUGGCAGUGGUAUUGAAGAUGCAUGCUGGCAAGGAUACAAAAGGAAAGAACUGCCAUUGUUGUGCCUCAGCAAAAUGUAUCACUUGUGACAGAUUUGUGCAUAAGUCUGGCAGCUUUAGAAUGAGCCAGCAUUUUAUGUGCGGCUAGCACACACUUUAGCUGUUUACGUUAUGCACCAGUGUUGGAUAGUGAAUUGUUGGUGAGCUGUGCUCCGAGCACGUCUGCGACAAGGCUUAGUUUGUGGCAUUGUGAAAGCUUGGGCUGCUUAAUUAACUAAUUUUUCUUGUUUGACUGCUAUGGAUGUUUUGGUUGGUAGUCUUGGCCACAUUCUCUUACUUUUUCUGUGUUAAGUGAAGUGGUCUUACUAUGGUUGUUAAAAAGGAGCCGGGGCUUGAGGUUUUAGAACAAUCGAGAUUGCUUUAACUGAUGUUCAACUUAUAUUCAUAUUGACUGUAUAUUUGAUUGCUAUUGAAACAUUGGAUCCAUUGACAGUAGUUAGAAGAAUCAGCAGUAGUUUGUACCAUCCUGUAGGAACACAACUGUUGGUGGGGGCAAGCUGAAAAAAGGUCAACUGCUCACCAUUGGCCAACAUACGAAGUGCUGCCUCAUAUGUAAUCCCUCGUAAGGGCUCGUGUGGCUUAUGUGGAGGAGGAGGAGCUCACUUAUGGUUCUUGUGAGGCCAACAGAGUCCAGGAGGAGUCUAGAUGUGCUCAUAGAUGUUGUGUUUUUAAAUGUUGACCAUAAUUUUAUGAACGUGUGCCACAUGUACCGAUAUGUUGAAUGGGCUUGCAUGUGGAGAACAUGUGCACAAAGCUUUGUGUGGGAACAAGAGACAAAAGUUGUAUAGAGCUUGAGAUUUGUACUCUUUAACCAGUUGUCUCUCCUUUAGCUACACAUUGUGACUCUUAAAAGACCAUACUUUUAUUUUUUUAUGCGUCAAGUAGACAAAUGUACAAAUGUGUGCCUUCCAGCCAGUGUUGUUUUUUGUGUCAGUGGCUUUCUUCGUGACAGGACAACAAUGACAUCACCAUAGGCAGGCAAUUCCAGUGAAAUUGAAAAGCUUCCACAUGCACUCUAAGUGCUAACCUAUAGCAUUGUUUAGUAAUCAAAAACGAAGGCUAACCAUGAAAAGGAGUGUUAAGAGCCCGAAAGGUAAUCAACUCAUCACAGUUUAGCACAAUUGUCAUUUUCAUUUCUUGUGCUUUGAUAGGUGUACAUUCCCAUGACCAAAGAUGUGUGGCGUGUGGAAUGCUGCAUGCAAGGACAGUACAACAUUUCAUGAAUGGGUGCCUUCACAAAUUUUGUGUGCUACAACGGAAGCGUGCAAUCUCAUACUUUGGUUGAAGGCACACAUUGCAUGGAAUGUCUGUGCAGAUGUAGGGAGCAAUUUUUAGGCCUGCACUCCACCUUAGUCUGUUCCACAUCUUGGAUGAGCUCAGCUCAUUAGGAGGGUUACCAACAGCUCUCUUUACAAAACAGGCCAUCCAAUAUGAUUAUGCUUAUUGUGUUUCACAUGAGCGAGACCUGCCAUGGCCUUCGAGAUCACACAUUGUUUUUGCUCCAGUUGUGCUACUUGACUUAUGCCUAGCACAGGAAAUGUGAGUCAUACAUGGCUGUGCUGCAAGCCAAAGGAUUGGCUGCAGUUGUGAGGGGCCAUAGCAGGCAAAAUGCAUUGUGUCAUGUGGUGUCUAACACCGUGUGUCAAAAAAGAAAAAAAAAAAGCGUAUAACAGCGAAGGACACUGUACUCAAGCCAAGGAUGUAGCAUUAUUUAAGAAAUUGAUGGGCUGUGGAAGCUAUGGGAGAAGUAAACCAAUUAGAUUGCAGUUUUCAUGGUUCCACAUUCGUGGGGCUUACCUAUAAUUUGGUCCCAUGCACAGAAACAUGUUGCGACCACUCACGCACACGUCCUCGACUACCUUGACCUUGUUGGCUCAUGUUUUCCAUAGCUCCUACAGUGACAUGUACAGCAGCUUCCAGGCGAGAUAUUUGCGCUGCAGAUGCAACCCUGUGUUCCUGCUGUCCCAUGGUGCUUGCUGCAACUGGGGGCUUAUUAGGUGUACCCUUCUAAAGUAAGGGGUGACAGAUGCAACACCUAUGCAGCUGCCCAGUGUUCGGGCCCAUGUGCUUGUCCUAUAAAUUUGAUGCGUUGAUCACAGGUAGCAGCACCAUGCUGUGUCGGUAAUAUAAGGAAAAUUCAGCUAUAAGUUGUUGCUUCAUGCCGAGGCCUGCCAGUGUAGAAUUUCGUUAACACGCUAAUCAAUGUAAGGUGCAAAUUUAUGCCAUUGCAAUUUUAUUCAUAAAGAAAAACAUGCAGCAAUAUUGCAGCAAGCAACAUGGUGAAAGAUCUUCCCAUUGCUGAUGCCGUGCCAGUUAUGUAUAUAUAUAAAAUGAGCUCGUGCAAGAAGCCAUAGGUGUAAAAUUUCUUUGUCUUGUUUCAGUAUAAGAAGGAAUUACAUUCUUUGAUUGGAAGUUGUAUUGCUGGGCCUUUCUGCAGCAUUCUAGAUUUAUGGCCAAACAUACCUAUGGAUUUGUUGUAACGUAGAAAAACACUUAGUGAGGUUUAUUUUCUUCUGAGAAUUGAACUCCGAUAACCAGACCAACAGAUAACACCGCUGAACUUUGUAAAUAUAAGAGCCAUGGGAACGUGCACAUAUAUUUCUAGCUGACUCUUCACGUUGUGUUUUAUGGCACUUAUUUCUCAUUCAAACAUUGUUCUUCCAUUAGCCACUUAUGCUCAUCAUUGAACAUUGAACUGGCCAGGACAUUACAUGAAGUUCAAAGCAGUGCUCUUGCAUUUUUCACACUUGAUAUCAAAUUGGUGAGCAACAAAUCUGAUUUGAAGUGUAAGGUGUUACUCACUGCUUCAAGCUCUCUUUGGUCAUACCUUAAUAGUCAUCCGUCCAACCUUGGCGCUGCCAUGUCAGUUAGUGAUUGAGUGAUCGCACAGAGGUUUGGCAAGUUUCCACUGGUGAUGUCCUGAACAUAAAUCAUGGCUUUUCAAACAAACUUACUUAUCAAGAGGAGCUCAGCUCUUGCAAAAACUAUAAAAAUGCAGGGAGGUACAUUGUGAAUGCUUUUACUAAUGCUGCAAGGGUGUGAAGUGCAUUGCAACUCCUUGUCAUGACAUACUCUCCUUUGUGCAGUGGCAUUUUGUUAUGCUGCUCAGCACAAGGUCGCAGGUUCGAUUCCUAGCCACUGUAACCACAUCCUGAUGGUGGCAAAAUGUGUAAACACUCUGUUAUGGUUUCGAGGACCCGCCGUGGCUGCUCAGUGGCUAUGGUGUUGGGCUGCUGAGCUUGAGGUCACGGGAUCAAAUCCCGGGCACGGCGGCCGCAUUUCAAUGGGGCCGAAAUGCAAAAACACCCGUGUACUUAGAUUUAGGUGCACGUUAAAGAACCCCAGGUGGUCGAAAUUUCCGGAGUCCGCCACUAUGGCGUUCCUCACAAUCGGAAAGUGGUUUUGGCACGUAAAACCCCAUAAUUUAAUUUUUAAUGGUUUCGAGGAGUACUGACAUGACAAUUUUUGAGUUGUGAUAUCUUUGCUUUGAGUUGUGGUCCAAACACUCUGUACCCUAAAAUGAUUUACUAUAAUGCACUUGUUUCUCUGAACUACUUCCGGUGUCUGUAUACAAAAGGUGGAUGUGUCAUGACACGAUUCGUUGGCUUGCUUCAUUCCGACAAUCACUAUGACUGGUGAAUGCAGCCUGAAGAGAACUCUUGCUUGUUUUUUUUAUGAGCAAUGUCGUCAUACCUAGCCUUAUUGCUACAUGACGUCAGCAAAUGUUGCUCCGUGUCAUAGCACCACAUAAUUUUGAUGGCGCCAGGUUCAGUGUCUUAAGACCAACUUUAGUUUCAAAUUCAAAUAUCUUCAUCUUUCCCAACCUUCAUACUUGCUAAGUAUCAUCCUUUCUAUGUGCAAGAAGCAUGUGGUACACUUUCUAGAGCUUUGAAAACAUGUGCCAGUACUCCUUGACGUGUGUUUUGGGAGCCCCAGAUUUUCAAGACAAAUGUGGAGCCCUCUGCUACAUUCUACUUUGUAGCCUAAGUUAAAACUCGUUGCUCUUGAAAAAGCCAGUGCUCUUGACGGCCCAUAAAAUUUGCAACUGUAGCAUUUCUGUAUUCUGCCAGUACUUGUGUAUGGGACUGAUAUUGAACAUUUACUUUGCUAACAAAACUUCGUCUUAUGCAUUGAAGCAUACAAGUAACUGGAACGCCAGUGCAUUUCUCCGCAAAGUUUGGGAUUAAUAUCUCGAAACUGGUGUCGUUCUGGGAAUUCGUUCAAUGUGUACCCGCCUAGCGAACUCUGCGGCUAGAAUCUGUAAAUUGCAAUAUGGGUCAUAAGGUAAUUAGUUAAAAUGUUAAUUAGUGCUUUUUGUUAAUUAGUUGAUUUUUCAUUUCAGUGUUUUCUUUUUUUUUUCAAGGAGUGUCUGCCACUUCAAGUAGACCACCUCAUGAAUUAAAUUUGCACUAUCUGCCACAGGUGACCUUUAAGAAUUAUUAAAAGUGUUCGCUGAAACACCCUGUAGGUUGCAUUGUGAAGAGGCAAAAAUAAGGUUUUUCACUUGUGAAACAUGAAUUAAAUUGGUUGAAAAUGUUGUAGAAGGGCUUUUGAUAGAGCAAAGAUUAAAAUAAAGAAAAUAAGCCAUAAUAAGAAUCAAAGUAAGGUUACUUUUGGUCAAAAUAAUAAAGUACUUACGGUCUUAUCUUUUCUUUUUUUUGCAUUGACCAUUGUAUAUAUAUAUUUUUUUCAAGAAGUCUUUCUGCUCUUUAGUACUAAGACAUUGUGUUACUUGAUUUUGAUUGGGCUUUGUUUCACUCGACUUCCUGGACUCUAUUAAAUGGGUCGGCACGUUAGGUUGCUUCUGCAUUGCUUCUGCUGGCAGAGAGAUUUCACAGUCUACCUUUGAGAGCAGUUUAGUAAAGUGUGGAAGAAGUAUAUAAAUAUUA